GCUGAGGGAGGAGGAGGAGGAAGAGGAGGAAGSAGAGGAAGCAGAGGGAAGGAGGAGCCAGGAGGAGCCGCCACCGCCGCUCCCCCCCGGCCGGCGCCGGGGAUGGUGUUGGCCGCGGCAGCUGGUCCCUGACGCCGCGCUCAGGUGGGAAGCAGCAGUAAUGCUAACUCUGGCAAGCAAGCUGAAGCGGGAUGAUGGUGUCAGAGGCCCCCGUACGUCCAGCCCAGCAUCUGACUCCACUCGGAGGGUGUCUGUCCGGGAUAAAUUACUCGUUAAAGAGGUUGCAGACCUUGAAGCUAAUUUACCUUGUACAUGUAAAGUGAAUUUUCCUGAUCCAAACAAGCUCCAUUACUUUCAGCUGACGGUAACCCCAGAUGAGGGCUAUUACCAAGGGGGAAAGUUUCAGUUUGAAAUUGAAGUUCCCGAUGCCUACAAUAUGGUGCCUCCAAAGGUGAGAUGUUUGACAAGAAUCUGGCACCCAAACAUUACAGAGACAGGAGAAAUCUGCCUAAGUUUAUUGAGAGAACACUCAAUUGAUGGCACUGGCUGGGCUCCAACUAGAACRUUAAAGGAUAUUGUCUGGGGGUUAAACUCUUUAUUUACUGAUCUUUUGAAUUUUGACGAUCCUUUGAAUAUUGAGGCUGCAGAGCAUCAUUUGCGUGACAAGGAGGACUUUCGGAAUAAAGUUGAAGAUUACAUUAAGCGCUACGCAAGAUGAUGAAGGGGGAUGGAUGGCAGGACCGUGGCUCCACUCUAGAGUUGUCCUUAAGUUCAACAGCAGCCAAACCAGCCCGGAUUGUACCAGUCCUGUGUCCAUGUUGUACUGAAGAAGAAAACUAACUUCAUAACUUGUCCAUGUUCAAAGGAGAGUUCAGCAUAAAUACAGCAAGAAAUUGUGUCUGUUGGUUGAAAAAGUUGUCUGCUUCCUUUUACAAAUGUUUACUCUUCUGAACUGUACUGUAUAUCCUGUUGAUGAGAUAUGCUUGAGAAGUUAAAUCACUAUUCAAAUUGUAAUUACACUUUUUUUUAAACUCUUGCCUAAUCUGGAGGGGGGAAGGCAAAAAACAAACCCAAACAGAAAAGGUGGUGUGUUUUUGGAACACUUCGAGUUGGCAAUAAAUGGUCUCCUGUGAACCAAAUCACAAAACUGUUGCCUUUGAUGAGCAGAAACAAUAUGAGCUUUUUCCAAGAGUCACUCAGCUGAGGCUUAGAGCUUGCCAGAGUGGAAGUGCAAAAUGAGAUUCUACUUCUGGUAUUGAAAUUCUCGAUGCUAUUUAAUGUAAGUAUGUUUUUGUCGCAGUUUGGAAUUUUUACAUUGUUAAUUUCAGGCCCUGUUUGGGCUGCAGUACUUUUUUUUUCUCGUUUCUGUUCAUGGUGUGAAGUAGUUAAAAGAAAUACAGGCUAAUACGUAACUUAAGUAAAUGUUUAGUAUUAGUAAAAUUUAUAUAUAUAUAUUAUAUAUAUUAUAUAUUUCUGUGAAAAAAUUAAUGAAAGGGAGAUUUUUUUUAAGAAAUCUGCCUUUGGCUUUCCAMUCGGGAUGUGGUGAGGGAGCAUCAGAUGCUGUUUGAUCUGAUGAGAGUAACCUUAGGCACCAUUCCCUGGAGAACACCUAAUUGUGUUCUCCACAUUCCUGCACUGAAAGGGAGUGACACAGAUGGGAACCACAGUGCAUCUCCCCCCACUGGUGCACACUUGGCUUUGUUGAUUUGGAAGGAUGUGAUGCUGCAGUUGCCUUUUCUGUGAGGAGGUGGAUGGCACUGUGUGAGCAGAGAGCCUGCAGAGGAGAGUAGCACGUACCUCAGGAGUGGCUUCAGUCCAUGUGCCAGAGCUGCCUGGGCAUCCCCUGGGAUUGGGAUCACACAGAGGAGCUGAUGGAACCMGCCCGAGCUUUUAUAAACCAGAGAAAUGAACGUUUGUGUGAUUUCUGCAGAGCAUGUGUGUGACACUUGGGCAUCGACUGUUGGGAUUUUAUCCCCUCCUUCAUUCUUUCCUGCUGUUCCUCUGUACACACGGGAGGAAAUCAAAAAUCUCUAUCAUGAGCAUGGCAGAGCUGGGGUGCAGACUGUAAGCAUGGAACUUGUGCGCUGAGUWUCCCUGUGCCUUUCCUUUACAGCUGCACAAGCUCCUGCAGCUGCUGUGGAGGUCUGAGGAAGCAGGGAUUGGAAUAUCUCCAAGGAGGAGAGCUUCACCUCUCUUCUACUAUUCACGAUGAAGUGUGGAUCAGCCCAGUGUUUUAGGUAGGCCAGUGCAGUGAGGGAUCUUUGCUGCCAAAACAUGUCAGCAAAGGUAAGGAGUAGAACACAAAAAUAGCAAGGUUGGGAAAUAGAUUUUAUGGCAUCAGAMUGAAUCUCUUGUGUUGAAAACUCAACCAGGUUGCAGUAAUAACAAAGUGYUCCUUGCCAUAGGGGCACCCUGGUACUGUUACCAUGCUCCAUCCUUCAGGAGAAGGGGUCACAGUCCCCAUUUCUUGGGCUAUCACCGUGGGUGGCUCCCCACUCAUGCUGGGAAGCUGCUGUUGAUGUGCCCAGGGCAGAGCAAAUCCAGGGUGCUGCCCAGGGCACCCAAGCAAAGCUGUGUCAGGAUACCAGCAGCCCCCUGAGCACAGAGCUGCAGCCAUCAAAGCCAUCCCUGCCUCCCAGAAUAAUCCUGUUUAACCCCUUCCCUGUAUUGUUGCUUGCCUGGAGGAGAUGAGCAGAAUAAUAAAGUUUSGAUACUGUUAAAUAUUGUACAAGAAAGCC